GGAGACAAGACUCAACAGUUACCACAGGAAACGGAAGAGACCGACAGACAGAAGUCAUUUCAAAACCCCGGGGCUGAGUAGAAGAAUCACUCUGUGUGCGUUUGCAGGGUUCUCCUCCUCCAAAACCCUUAUCAGCCGCUCCUUACCUCUCCUGCUGGCUCCUUCUUCUCCUUGUUUCUCUGUUUGUGGCAAACAGCCCCCACCCUGACCUCCAGGAGAACAUCUCUUCAACAAAAAGAGGAGAUGCCCCCGCAGCCACAAGUGAAGAGAAGUUUCCUGGAAUUCCUCAAGAGCUUUAUCGGGAUUGUACGGGUCCUCCAGAUCCUCCUGGGAGCCGGGGUUUGGGUCACCAUCGCAGCUAACAAGUAUGAGGGCUCCAUUCACUAUGUGCUGUUUGUGGCCGUGCUUUUCUGGUUCCUCACGUUAGCCAUCUUCAUCCUCACGAUUCUGGACAAGCAAGACCUCGUUCCCAUCGUCGGAGGAGAACGCUGGUUGUUAAGCAACGUCAUCCACGACGUUGCCGCCACUCUGCUGUAUCUGUCCACCAUUGGGAUCAUGAUCUACAAAACCCAAAAGAACUCCUACUGCAACCUGGACGUCUACAAACAUCACUGCUUGUACAAGGUCUACCUCACUGCCUCCGUCUUCGCAUGCCUCACCGCCGGCGUCUUUCUGCUUUCCGCCGUCUACGGCAGCUGCAGGAAAUGUCGAGGUGAGCGGACGGUCGUGUGAAAACCGACUGCAUCCCUCACACCCUGCCGCUGUGAGACAUUUUGGAAAGCUUUUUGGAGACUUACAAAUCUCUUUUUUUAUCAAAGCAGAGGGUUGAUCCUCUUGCCUCAGGCUUUCAGGUUUGUUUGUUGCUUUUUAUACAGAAAUUUAUAGAGCUUUUGUACUGCAGUCACACAUAAAGUCUAUUUUACACUUGUGUUUAUGUUGCCGGAGCUCUAUAAGUAGUUUUAUUUUUUUGUAUUGUAUAACUGACAACUCAAAGAGCAGUUUGUUGCUUGACUUAACCAUAUUCUUCACGUUUUGUUCUUUUAACCUUUUGUUUGACAUUGAGCGAUUAAACAAGGCUCUGCCUUUCAGUGUCUUUCA